UUUAUUUGUCCUACGCCGUCGUUUUCUGCCAUUCUUUUUCAGCCACUUCUCAUCCAUCACCUGCAACUCAAAUUCCCGUCCGGCCUCGAUCAUCGUCGGUCGUCAUCAGCACCGUGAAAUCAGUCAGGCGAACGGGACGGCGAGCAUGGAUGACGCGAACGCCGUCGACGUCGCCGGAGUUCCGACUUCCACUCUCAACCUCAUCGACCUCUCGAGCUCCGAUAUCCGACGGUCGGUGUCCCUGCUCAAACAGGCGUGCUUGGAUUCCGGCUUUUUCUACGUGAUCAAUCAUGGAGUCAGCCAGCACUUGAUGGAGGAGGUGUUCGUCCAGAGCAGGCGGUUCUUCGGUCUGCCUUUGAGCGAGAAGAUGAAGCUGCUGAGGAACGAGAAGCACCGAGGCAACACUCCUCUGUAAACGGUUUGUGUCGAUCAGGUCCUCGACCGAAAUCAGAUAAACGGAGAUUAUAAGGAGGGAUAUUACAUAGGAGUGGAAGUACCAGAGGACGAUCCUCGUGCGCAGAAGCCUCAUUUUGGACCAAACCUCUGGCCUUCUGAGGAUAUAUUGCCAAGAUGGAGGCAGGCGAUGGAAAAAUUUCAUUGUCAAGCAUUAAAUGUGGCAAAAGUAGUUACAAGGAUCAUUGCUCUAGCACUUGAUCUGGAGGCUGAUUUUUUUGACAAGCCAGAAAUACUUGGUGAGCCUAUUGCAACCUUGCGCUUGUUGCACUAUGAAGGUCUAGUCUUUGAUCCCUUUAAAGGAAUAUAUGGAGCUGGGGCACAUUCGGACUUUGGAUUUAUUACCUUGUUGGCAACAGAUGAUGUCCCAGGUCUCCAAAUUUGCAAGAACAAGGAUGCUAAACCUCCGACACGGGAAUAUGUGCAACCUAUGAGAGGAGCAUUCAUAGUGAAUCUUGGUGAUACAGAACGAUGGAGCAAUUGUAUUUUCGGGUCCACGCUCCAUCUAGUUAUAGGGAAUGUUCAAGAACGGUAUUCUAUUGCAUUCUUCCUGGAGCCUAACCAUGAUUGUCUCAUUGAGUGCUUGCCAACAUGUAUGUCUGAGGAAAAUCCUCCGAAGUUUCCGCCCGUCCAGUGUCAGACCUACUUGUUCCAAAGAUUAGACGAUACUCAUGCUGAUUUAAAUGUAUACAGAAGGGAAGGAGCUUAGAGUUUGCCAGCAGGAGUGGAAGCCUGUCAACCCGCACUUGCCUGAAGUAGGGGUAUACUUUGAGAACUCGUACGAAUGGGCAUAAUGAACUUAGAGAAGAGCAUCCGAUGGGGUACCUACAUCAUAUACAACCAAUAAUCUGUUUAUGUUUACGCAUGGAGGCAAUAGUUCAGCCGCUUCCGCCUUAUUUUGCCCCUAAAUUAGCUGUUUGUACAUGCCACAUUUUAAGAAAGGAAAUGAAAAGGAAAUGCCACA